AUGGCUGAUGCUCCACCACACUUGCCAGGAGGCAAUACACUGCCUUCUGGCACUGGAUUUCCAAUUUCCGAUAAACAGAACAAUGGAGAAGCGCUGCAAGAAAGGCCAAUUGCCAUGCAGAAUAACAAUCUGACUUUGACCACCGCCAAAUCGCUUGGGUUUCGCAUUAUCUAUCAGCCUCCAGAUUUAAGUUCUACUCCUAAGCUUGCUACCGGCGCUCCUCCUGCACCGGCAACAGCUUCGACAGCCUCUCGCGGCGUCACUCCGUCCGUAGACAACGAGUCUUCCAAUAAACAGCACGAUAACCGCGAUACCAUCAUGGGUGGUGGCUACGAGACUAGAGGCACUUAUCGAGGGAAUGGCGCUGGUGCUGGUAGCUUGGGCGGCACACAUGCAACCCCGCAGCCUCAGGCUACUGGUGCGCCAGCUCGCAUAUAUAUGAACGAGAAGAUAGUACCAUAUCUUCUCGAGGGUAUGAAGAUGGUGGCCAAGGAUCAGUGA